CACAUUUUCAAAUAGAUUUAACAUCCCAAGAUAUUAACAAAAAAUAAAAAAUCAGGUAGUAAGAAUAUACCUCCAAGUCCUUGGAUCAAGUAGAUCCAGAUCAACUUUAAAGGUUAAUUGGUUCAAACUUCGGUCAACACCCAUGUCUGGUCCAUAAUUGCAUAUUUUAGUCUCUCUCAUUCACUUUAUAGGGGGAAGAUGAAAAUCUGUCAUGAUAAGUUGGGCAAAUGUGAUGACUUCCUGUCUCCAGCAGAGGGAUCUCACUUACUUUAAGGACAAAGCUGUUAAUACUUGUAUUGUCACUACUUUUUGUUGUUUGUUUUGCUUUGUUUUGUUUUUUUCAGGUUUGAAGCUAAUUUGUUUUACUUAGUGCAAACACACAGGCACCAAUAGUUUAGAAUUUAUGUGAAAUACAGAAACCAGAAACAAAUGUUGAUGCUUAUCUGGUUGCUUUUAAUUUAACAAGAUCACCAUGUGAGUCAUGCGUCUGUUUGGUGGUUUACACCUUUUUUAAAAAUAUGCUUCUUAUUCUAAACAGGGAAGAAAUCAUCACAGCCUUUAAUAUUUAUCAUAACAAAGGAAAAUCAGGAGAUAUUCCAUAUAACUUGGUUGAAUCGGUUGAAAGGGAUGUGAAUUUGAUCCAGGACUAAAGUACUGCCUUAAAUGUUCUUGUUUUUGCAUACAGGUUUUUUGCAGACCUUUUGGAAACACCUGACUCACCCUGGCUUUACCAUGAACCUGAAUAAUGGACAACAGCCGCUGCACAACAGACUCAAAGCAAUUAAAACAUUGAAACAAACACAGGAGCAGUUUAAAAAGCUGCAAUCAGCUGUGGACUUCUUUACGUGUGUGUGCAGGUAACUAGACCUGCACUGACAGAAUAAACACCUCCCCUGUGGAUCCAAAAAUGUUUUAAUGGCCUCUAGUUUAUCCACAAAUUACCACAUGGAGACUUUGCUGUCCAUCACAAUGGUGUCACUUUACACCCACCUGUAUAUUUAGGUACUGAGGUGGUGGUUUAGUGAUGCUUGUUGAUGUUUCUUGAACCACUUUUCCAAAGGGAUUGUUUAGUUUUUCGUAACUCAGAAUUAAGUUAUGGGCCUAGCCCGUUCUUACUUUGCAUGAAACGGUGCCUAGUUGGUGUUUUUCUAAACAAGCACUUGUCAAGAUAAGUUUGUUUUUCAAAAGGGUCAAGCCAAGGAAGGCCUGUUGUGGCAAAUAUGUUUGAAUCUUUAAACCAUUUCAGGUGGCUUAUUUUUGGACACUUGAAUGUGUUUUCGUAGAGGGGAGGUGUUAGGAAAAAAAUGUGUGAAAACAUAGUGUGAGUGUAUGAAUUAUUAGCUGUGAAUUUGCACCUUUGUGUCCCUAUCUUGGUGUUUCUGUUUGUCUCUGUGUGGGGGGGAUAGAGAGAGACUGGGAUAAGCUUGUCUAUGACUCAGUGUAACCUGGAUUGGUUUCCGCUCCAUGUAUGGUGAUACACACUGCAUUCCCACUCUCCUCCCUCUCCCGCUCUGCUUCUGUGUCUUACACUAAAGCACUCUCAGUAGUUACACAAAACAAAAUUCCCAUAAACUAAACAUGUGAAGCUUUUCUUUGUUAGAAUUAGAUGAACUAAGCUGGUGUCUUAUAAUGAAUAGCUUUUAAUUUAUUUGCUUUUUCCUCUUGCACAUUUGUAGAUAACAUGUAAAUCGUUUUGUAGUUGAGUUGGGAGAAAUGUCAAGUUUGUUAUGUACCCUAAAACAGCAGAUUUUCACCAUUGUGUUUACAGGAUUUGAUCUGGUAAAGGAUAGGUUCUUAAUUCUACUUAAAGUUAUACUCACAGGUCCUCACGUACAUUGAAGGAGUUGCAUGUUGUAGUUAAGUUUGGUAAGGUUGGUACCAAAGGUUGGUAUGACCCUUGAACAGACUCUGACUCUGUGGAAUAUUUACUCUAGACACUUGCAGCCAUAUUUCCAGAACUAAUUCAUAAAAUUUUCUUUGUGUUGCGAUAGCUACUUGCGUGCCAGCUGGCUGUGUGGAUGCCAGUCAGUCAGAACAGUUCCUGGAGAGUUUCUGUUUUCUCUCGGCUCUUCUGUUUACCCCCUUGACAUUUGGCUUAACAGACAAAAUGACACCAACACCCAUGCUAACUUGCAUAUUAGUAUAUCUUACUUGGCUGUAAACAGUAAACAGUUCAUCCACAAUAAGGUUCCCUUCUUGCCUUCAACAAAGCUCUCAGCACAGACGCUGGACCUCUGGGGUGUCCAUGGUGUUUGGCACCAGGAUGUUGACAGCAGAUUAUUUGAGUGGGGCUUCCAUGGAUCUCGAUUUUUCUUGCAUGUCCUGCGGCUUCUUAAUUGGAUUUAGAUGUGGGAAAUUUGGAAACUUUGCCAUGCUCCUCGAGCUGCUAGAGAAGUCUUCUCAAUGUAAUAGGGAUGGGCAACCAUGUUAAGGGUGGUGUUAAUGUGUCAAAGUAACACUCACGUGGCUGACAGGACCCAAAGUUUCCCUGGAUAGCAUUAUAAUCAGAUAGUCAGGUUUAUUCUUUUACCUUAGACCAACACUUUUUUUUCUGAAGAUAUAUUCACACCCUUGACUCUCUGUUUGUAUCAACUUUUAAGGAAGUUAGAUAAAAGUGAAUAAUGCAACUUUGAUAAUAAAUGAUGAUUGUGCCCUCCGUUAUAAAAUUUGUGGGUCAGAAUGUUUGGGCCAAAAAUGGACCAAAAAUAAAGAAAAUGCAGAAUUAUUAUGUUGCAAGUACAGUACCUGCUGCAAUCCACUAGAAUGAAUACAUGAAUUUUUACAUUCUGGUGUGACCCACCACGUGAACAUCCAAAGUUCAUGUUUAUAGGUUAGAAAAUGUCCAGAGAAAGGUGAGCUUAAAUCAAAAAGAAACAAAAGGAGGGAAUUUCAUUUACAAGUCCAGCUUCCAAUUUUAAUUUCAGCUUAGCCAUUUAUGAAAUGCUUUGCUGUUAAGGACAGGAGGAAGUGGCCAUUUAUUUGGUUAUAUAGAUAACAAGAUAUGAGUAUUUAAAGUAAACUAUAUUAAAAACAGUGAAUCUCUCCUUUAACCCUGGCUGUGCUUUCCUCCAGUGAUUUUUAGUUUGCGUCACAUUUGUAUAAAUGGAGCGAUUUUUGUUUUUAUGUUUACAUUUUAUUUAAUGGUAGAGUACUUUUUGUUUGUAAAGUUGUGACACACACACGCAAACACCUCACCUCACUCUCAGCCGCCUUCAUAACUCUGGGAUCUGUAGUCUUUUGGCGCCGAGGUCUGACCCUGAGUGGGGAAACUUAAAUUGUAUUUGUUGCCUUGUUUUGGACACUUUUAUGUGAAUGUAUCUGUGUUGUGUUUGUGAUUAGAAUAAAAGGUUUGCUUUUAUUAAACCGCUGUCUCUCUGAGCGCUAUGUUGGGCUGUGUGCUUUGUAUUUCAAGGUCUGUUUAGUUAGCUGUGUGAGAGAAUAUUUUUGUUUUUACUGCUUGCCUACAAUUAAGUCUAAAUGAGUGCCACGGUCCAAUGAAGAGAGCCUCAAAGUGUUUUUUAAGUGGAAUAUCUUGGUUAAAUCACAUAAGUAUUUCCGCAAUUACCAAAGUCCUCUCCCUUUGCCUUUCGGUCACGAAUGUGUUGUUGACAAGGUGCUGAAAGCAUACAAGAAGCAGACUUGAAUCAAACACUUGAACUGAAGAGUUAUUCUUUUCCAACUUUAGAGCCUGUGUUGUUUAAUGAUGCAAUUCUGCCCUUAGUGAAUGAAAAACUGUGUCUGCAGUAACUGACUGUGAAGAAACAAGUGUCUCUUUGCUUCUUAAAAAGACGGGAGAAUGGCGAGAUGAAGGAAUCAGAGAGCCGAACCUCCCCGCCCCCACCCAGAUCCAGCUCAGGAAACUCCGGGCCCUCUGCUCUUCCUCUGCGCUGACGGCACUUAAUCACACUCGUAGCACUGUAAUAGACUCCUCAUCCACUCUCACGCCUUGCCCCUUUAUCUUCCCCUUCUCCUCCUCCUCCUCAUACAAUCUGCUGUCCUCUGUCAGAGUGAUGUAGAGUCACGAGAAUGGGGAAACACCUUCCAAGGAGAAAACACACAUGCACAAGUGCCUUCUCACAACACACACACAUACACACACACACACACACACAUGCACACAGAGCUCCUUCAGUGCUGAAGUGAAACAACUUGUGCUACAUGAACUUGGACAGCAACAUUUCUCCAAACUGAAGGUAAGAUGUGCAGCAGUGUCUUUCAGGGGACGAACUGUGAGCUAUAAUGUUAGUGCUUUUUAAGGAGAGACUGGUCUGUUUAUUUCAGGUUUGUCAUUUAGUGUGUGGUUUAAAAGUCGGUUUACAUGUAUAGACUGUCACACUGAUUUUAAAAAGAGAUGAUCAGUCCUCCUGCUCCAGCUUAUGUGGUCUAAACGCUGACACUACAGACACAAUAGUAAUUUAACAGCAAAAGUCACUCUUGAGAUUUAUGCAUCAGUGUUCCUGCAUGUGCGUUUACUCUGUUUGCUAAGCAUUUCAUUGGAAAUAUUCUUUCUUAGAUUUGUUGCCUCAAAGCAAAAUGUCAGGCAGUUUAUCUUUUUUUUUUUUUAAUGCUGCUUCUCUAGCCCCAAACAGUCCUGUCAUUAUUUCUGUGGAUCAUUUUUUCCCAGAGCAUGAAACCAGAGAUCCAGAGUCGUACCCUGUGAUCUCCUUCUGACGUCAGUGUUGGCUCACUUUAAAAAAGGGAAAUUCUUUAGGGGGGUAAUUACAUCUAAAGGAGCUUUAUAUUCUCCUCACACUGUAAAUUCUUUAGCAGAUACUACAGUCUUACCCACAGACAAUCCUAUUCAUCUCUGGAGGCUGAUUCAGGUUUAUGGGUGAGAAAACAUCUUUGUUUCUCCAGCUGUGGCAGAUACUUGUGUUGAUAGAUUGUCCUUUUUUGUGUUAAUUUCAUGCAGUACAAAUAAUACAGUCACCAAAGCCCCAGUGUCUUGUUAGCAUCAUCUUUGCUGUGUCCUUUUUUUAGGGUUUUACAGACUCCGCUGCUGUAGUUAUUUUAAUACAACCCAGUGAUCACAAAAUCUGGAUUUUUUUCCCUUAUAUAUAUGUUUUCUUAAAAAAAGCUUUCCAAAGUGGCAACUCUUCUGUGUGACACAAACUAAAGCAGUGAUAGCAUCAGUGAAUAAACACUCAUAUUUUAUGUUAAACAAACUAUGAAUAAACACCCUGAAGUCUUUCAAACAAAGAAAUGGACGGCAUGUUUUUGUACAGUGUGAUGUUAUUAAUGUUUUGGAUCGGUUAAACCCUUGAGAGAUACAACUCCUGACCCUGACAAAAUGUACGAAUUCUUAUAAAACUCCGAUAACAGAAAACCAAAUAGACUUAUUUUAGGACUAUUAAUACUUAGUCUCAGAAACUCCAGUAAGAGGUUUCUUUAUGAACUACUUGAUGAUGAGAAUUUAUACUUGAAUAUUUUUACGGUGCAAAGUGUUGUUCAUUUUAUAGUGUGACAGAGGUCUCCAGCUUCACUAAAAGUUUCUAGUUUACAUCUUGGAUUUGUAAGUUUCAUACUGCACCCUGUUUUCUAAACUCUCAAAAUCCUUGCUAUGUGUACAUGUGUUAAACUGAGAUUCAGGUGGAGCACACAGAAAAAGAUGCACGUAGAUUAUCCUGCAAACUGGAGCUCAAACCUCCAAAGUUAACUAAAUGUGUUUGAGUGGAGAAAGAUAUAAAGCGAGAAUUUGUAGCUGUAAAAAGAGGAUCUGCAGAAGUCGAAGUCAAAGCCGAAGUCAUGACCAAUCACAUUCUGUAGUGCCUUGUUUCUUAAAGCUGUGAACCUGUGGGCUCAGUAGUGGGCAAGGUCAUGCUAUAACAGCAUUUUUAAAUUGGAAGUAUUUGGAUUAUUUUUAUUGUUGGUGAGAGACAGCAUUUUUGAGUAGAGUUUGAGGACCAGUACUUUAGUUUAACCCUGUUUGGUUAGACUAGGGGUGUCAAACAUAAUGUCAAAUAAAUCAACCUGGCAAAGACUCCAAUACUGGACAGCUUAGAAAAUGUGGAGUGCAUGGAUUUUGAACUUUUUAACUAUAUUUUAAGUUUUACAGCUUUUCCUAUUGCUUAAGACCCCGCAUUGCCAUCCAUACAACACCAAAGUACAAGGAAAUUAAUUCAUGAAAACCUUUUAUUAAUUAAGCAGCAAAACCUUUUCUAUAACUUUACAUGUUUACCAUGUAGUUUAAGUGGUUCAACCCACUUCACAUCAAAGUGAGCUGUAUGUGGCCAAUGAUGUGAAGUAAGUUUGACAUUCCUGGGUUGGAUUUCUUUUAUACACCUGCCUUACAUGCAAACCGAAGAACAGCAUGUACACAUCUUGUUCCAGCUUUGUGCCUCUUUCCAAACAGCUCUGUGUAUGAUUUAUUACCCCACCUGCAGCAUUGUUUAAUUUGGGAUUAGAUCACAGUCUGUCAGACGCAUGCAGUCUCUUUCUCCGUCGCCCUCACUUCACAUCUUAGCAAAAUAUAAAAAUAUGCCUGUGUAGGUUUAGACUGUGAUAACUAAUAAUCUGCCAGUGCUGACGCCAGGGACAGAGAUUUAGACUGUCCACACAAACCAAAGCCAGCAGUCCAUUAGCGCAGAAUGCUAACAGUUGGCCAAACUCUGGGAAAUCUCAGAACACUGUCAAGGUCCACGUGGAGACGACCGGGGCCAGUCGACCCAAAGCAUGAAGCUCCUAAAUCCCAGUCCUGUUUUUCUGGGUAUCCGACUCAAAGGUAAACACGGUUCAAAGUAGCCAAAUGAAGAUAAGACCUAACCAUGUUUUCGAUUAAUGUCAAGAUGUAUGUUUGGAGUUCUGGCAAAGUGUAAUCAUUUGUGCACCCACUGGCAGGGUGGCCUGGUGUGUGUCAGUUUUUUCCAGAUAUUAUGACAAACACCCUGCAAUGAGAACAUUUAUUUAAUGCCACCCAUACCCUGCUGAAAAAGAAUUGAGGAGAUACGCCAGUUUGGAACUACUCUGAUAGAUUUACACUUUAGAUACUUGAUUGUUUUUGACCUGAACUAGUCUGUACUUCUGUGCACCUGAAAGUGUUCAAAUGGCUUGAAGGGGAAGGAAAUGGACACGCAAUCAUCCGUUCCUGAACCCUGACGUUGGAGGCGUCGCAGAGCGAGCAGAAGAGGAAGAAAAAGAAGGAGUUUCGAUAUUUCUCUAUCAGCUGAUUUCUAGAGUUUUAACAUGGGAUGAGCUCCUGACUCCAGUGAGUUAAGGUACUGUCUUUGUUAUUUUUCUCAAUUAUAAAACAUUCAUUAUCAUGGAGACUACAGAAAGCAUUUUGAAUAGCUCCUUUCAAUAGGACUAUCGCUGUUGCUGUAUUAGACUAUGAUCACGCUGGAUGCAUUUCUUAAAGCGCAGCACCUUUUUUCCAUUUCAAAGAACCACAUCUCGAUUUGGGUUUAAGAUAUGGUUUGUUUUUAGGAGUGUCUCUUGUCACACUCCAAGUUAAACAAGUCCCAACGUCAGUAACAUCUCACACUGCGUCAGUGGAAAUGAUCUUUGUCUAAGCAAAGUUGUCAGUCUACUGAUUUUACCUGCCAUCUUUCCUCAGUGUAACCUGAGGAAACAGCUGUGACUUGAAAUUAGGGCUUAUAUUUAUAUUUAUCUCAUUUACUUUUUACAUGUAUGCUGGGAAAAAAAAAAAUCCAGAAUCAAUUGGCAAGUAAAUGUUGGUCUAUGGUGUGUCAUUUUCAUCAGCUGGCCUUGUAACAGAUUGCAUGCUAUUUCUCAAAGUGCAACAUCAUGAAUGCUCUUUUGUGCCUCACCUUUUAAUCUUACCUGAGGGCUUGAGAAACGAGGGCAAAAAAAAAAAAAUCCAGUCUGUUUCAUGCAAAAAGCUUUUAAAGAACAAUUUUGUGAUAAAAUCUUGUAUAACGUUGGGAAGUACCCACCGACACGAACAUCUGAAGUCUUAUAACACUGUAAACUUGAAAGAGGACGGCUUGUUUGUCACGUAUACCUCUUACAAUAGCUAUCGCAUCAGUGACAGCUCUGCUUUUGGACAAUCUGGACUAGUUGAAUGUUAAUUAAAAGACCAGCGAGUCGCUCAGUGUACAUGCAGUGUGACUUAAGGACCUUUAAUGCAGAAAACGUUUUGUGCAACAGCUCUGAAACAUCCACACUGUGUGCCAACAACCUGGAUUCACUCAAUCACCUGUCUAAUAACAGUCAUACAAAUCAAGCCAUGAAAGUCUCACUAAAUUAAAGUGCUUGUCAUUAUUUUCCACCAUGUUAGUAGUUUGUCACGUUUGGUGUCAGUGACUCUCAGGUUUGGGCCUGAUGCACAGAUGUCUUCCAAGAACACUUGUGGUGCUUUUUAUUUUUAUUUUUUAUAAAAGAUAUUUCCGUGCUUGCAUAUGUAGCACCUCUCUAAAGGAACUUCCUGUUUAUGGCCAGUUGUAUCCUGACUGAGAUCCCAACCAGAUCUGGACCUGUGAGCUGAGACCCUUUAACCCUGGAGGGGCAGGGAGAAAGGCGGGGAGAAAAUGCGGUGCACUACCCUCACCACCCUGCUGGUGGGAGUCAUGUUGUACCUGGUGAUGGGAGCAUUUGUUUUUGUCACCCUGGAAAAGCCCACAGAGACCUUGGCACAUGAAAAGCUGCUUGCAACCAAGAAAGAAUUCCUCAUGAAAAACUACUGCGUCACCGAGUCGGACUUUCACGAGCUUGUACAGGGUUUGAUGUCUGCAGUCGAGGCAGGCCUGAAUGUGAGCAGAGUUCCUGCCAACUUGACCACCCGCUGGGACAUCGCGUCUGCCUGCUUCUUCUGUGGCACCAUCAUCACCACCAUAGGCUUUGGGAACCUCUCACCUCGGACGCCUUACGGCCAGUUGUUCUGCGUGUGCUACGCUUUGGUUGGCAUCCCCAUGUUUGGCAUACUUCUCGCUGGAGUGGGCGACCACAUGGGCACGGUGCUGCGGAGAGCUGUGGCCAAGAUUGAGACCCUCUUCCUGGUGAGAAUGAAACGCAAGGUCAGGCCCACGACUGUGCGUGUGACCUCAGCAGUUCUCUCCAUCCUAAUUGGCUGUCUGAUCUUCCUCGCUGUGCCGACGGUCGUGUUUCAGAAAGUGGAAAACUGGAAGUUCUUGGAGUCGCUCUAUUUUGUGGUCAUCACGCUCACCACUGUUGGCUUUGGAGACUAUGUACCAGUUGGAGGUACUGAAGACAACAGCUUCUUCAAGCUUCUGGUGUUGUUGUGGAUCGUGUUUGGUCUUGCCUACUUUGCCUCCAUCCUCACCAUGAUAGGCAACUGGCUGAGGGUGCUGUCUAAAAGGACUCGUGCUGAGAUGGAGGAGCUGAGGGCCCACGCAACAGACUGGACGCAGAGCAUGUCCAAGGAUUUCCGCAUCCCAAAUCCUCUGGAAUUUAAUGACCCCUUCCUCCUGCAGCGGCGGCGCUGGAAACGCAGCGAGCGCCGACGCAUCCGCCGGGGAGCCCAGGGUACACUGGGAUACUGGGUGCGAGGGGGACCUGAGAAUGGACAUCUGUCAAGUCACUGGGCUGGCCUGUCGAGCUCCAUGAGUGAACUGCAGGACAAUUCGUCCGGGGUGAGGGGAACUAACUCAAAGGCACAGGUGAGUCCAGCUGGAGGGGGAACGGUCCCCAUAUCAGCAGCAGGGUACAGGGCUGACCCUGCUGGGGUUCUGCAAGGGCAGGGCAGGUCAUUUCCUCACCACCUGUCCCGCUCAUUCUCCGUCCCCGUAACCCGCUCCGGUUCACAGCUGGAUGUUGUAGGGGCACGUAUGCAGGAAGGGUCACUCUCCGGAUCAGAGUCUGCAUUCGACUCCAGGUCAGAUGGCUCCUCAGUCUCCUUCUCCUACAUGGCACCCCACAAGUUCCAGCCGUGCCAAACCAUCGGCAGCAUGGAGGAGGGAUCAGUAAGACUCGCACAUAUGGACACAUCAGAGAGGAAAGAUGAACAGAUUCCAGCAGAGAACUAUGAAUCUGCACCAAACAAUAGCCACAAUCAGGCACCUGACCCUAGUCCUUCUUCUCGCUCCUCCCCUGUGCCCACAUCCCUACCCGAAGUCCUCCUUCCCUCCCCUGACAUCACCACAGCCCCCUCACCAAGCUGCCAGCUGCUCGACUUCUUCGGCGAGAACUUGGCGUACAUUGACGAGUCCUCAGACACCCUGAGCGACCGCCCCCAGUCCACGAGCGAGGAGAAGAGGAGACGGCCCCGAAAGCCUAAGAAGAAGAGCAUGAGGAGACAGCUAUCACACAGGUGGAGCUCGCUGCAGGUGAGGAGGCCCAGCAGUGACAUGCAGCCACCAUCCCAUCCUCCAACACCACCUCCAGCAUCCUCUCUUUCAGACCUGUCUCUACCUGAGAACCAGACAGAUGCAGCUCCUGCACUCUGACAAAAACCAGAUGUGACAGCCGACAUCACAGCUGUGGUUCUACACUGCUGCUAGCUAGAAGAAGCACGCCUCAUGAAUGCAGCUGUUGUUCUGGGGUUUUUUUCUUUUCUUUUUUUUGGUGUUUAUAGUUAGCCUCACAAAACCACCUCACCAAUAUUGCUUUGUUUCUUUUGUGUGACUAAAACGAUAUAAGCUGGGUUUGAGUUUCCAGGACGCUCUGACAAAGAGAUAAAUCUGCCUUUCAGUGAGGCUAAUCGUGCAACUUUAAGUGGACCGCUCCUCUCAUAAACAAGGUUCGGGACUGAGUGAGUCACAUCAUUACCAAGAUGUCAUUAAACAUAAUUAUCUGCUUUGUUUUGAGCUGCUGAGCUCAGUGGAUUCUCGGCACUGACUUGACAUUAAAUCUGAGAUUUAAUCUGGCUUUGUGAGGCUAACUUUUGAGGAGCGACUAUAAGCUUUAAAUUCAGUGCAGGGUUUACACACAGCAAUUUACAGAAGCUGUCGGCUGCCUCGCCUGAAAAAAGACCACUUCCGUUAACAUAAGAAAAAAAUCUUUUUAUGAAAUGCAGCCUUAAAAGGGAAAGACAUCCGGGGAUGUGUUUUGAACAGUAAACGACAUGUAUUUAAAGUGUGUGAGGUCGUCAUGUGCUAACUAAAUUGAUCAAAAGACAAGAUGCGCCAGGAUCUGGGUGGCUUACCACCACGAAAAUUCCCGGGUGAAAACCCUGCCGUGGGUGGAAAACCAAAACCACAACAACAGCGCAUCCGAUUCAGAGCACGGCAGGGCCAUGACUCUUCAUCAGAACUGCACCAUUGCACCAUGGUGUGCUGUCAUUCAGGUCCUUAAGUUAUCAGUCGUUUUAGGGAUGAUGGAAAGUGAUUACUAAAGGAUCUUCUGACUAUUUUGUGUUUAAAAAGGGUUAUAAAAGAAAAUCAGAUGAUUAAACCUGAUACAGUCACACCAAAGUUAUUUAAGUUAAGUUUGUGCUGCGUACCAACUUUGCAAUCAAGUGUCCUUAAAUCACUGUUGGUAAUAUUCUGCUUGUGUCCACUUUUCCACUUAACAGCUACAGUUUUUAGGUUUAAUUCUUUUUCUGAACAAUAACAAGUUUUGUAUCCUGUGUAAUAACCUUUCAUGUCCCAUUUUUUUGCCAGUUGAUAUCUCAGAUGUAUCUUACAGUGACGCAUUAAAGAGACCUUUAUUACACACUGUUACCAGACAUUAAGUCUUUAUCCUGUAACUGUGGAGUUUUCUUUCACUUUUAAUGUCACUAAACUUUUUACACUUGGGUCUUCUACUUUAUUAAUCACAAAUUUGCAAAUUAGAACAUGUAUUAAUAAAACACUUAGUGGUUUAACACUAAAAGCCUCACAGGGACCCAGAGUGUGUUUUGGUGUCUGAAAGCGAAAGAGAUAAACUCUACAGGGUGCCUUUACAUUGUGCAGUGCCUACAUUGCUCAUACGGUGAUAUAUACCCAGUUUUUCAUUCUUAUUAUCACCGUGAAUAUUAGAAGUAAAUAUUUUCCAUCCUGGCUUUUUUAGGUAGUGACAGGAUGGUGAGAUGAUACUCAGCACAUGGCUCUAGGCAGAAUCACCACCCAGGCUACAGCAGUGAGGACACAGCCUCUGUACAUAUGUCAGGCAGGUGAUCUAUGGGCGUGCUGUAAAGUAGAAGUGCAGAAAAAAAAAAGAUCCAUAUUUUUAUUCUUGGAAUCUGUUAGAAGAGCUUCAUAUAAUUCACAGAUUAAAAUUAUCUUAUCGAUUUUAAACUGUGCUUUGGUGCAGAACCCUCAGUUCAUCCACCGUCUGAAACAAAUCAGUUUUAGUUCAUCUUCCUUUAAGACGACUUUCUUCUGAUUGACCGCAGCUCACAAACAAAAGGUUUGAAUAUCGGGUGGGUGGGGCUUCCGUGUUCACACCACGAGCUGUGUGCCUGAGAUGCUCUCAAUGAUGUCAUACAAAACAGAGAGCAGAAGAAAACUGAGAAUGAGGUUUUACAGAGUUAGUUCUACAGUAAAUACACUGACCUCAUUAUUUUAAACUUUGGUCAUGAUCAAUAUGAGCGUGCAAUUUAAUUUACGAAGGACUGUAUUUUUUAAACACACAUUACAUAUGGACUGCGCUCUCAUUCGCUUACAUAAUAUAUGUUAAUUUCUUGUCUGUAAAUCUCUAAAGGUUCAUUAUAUUAUAUUCAGCACACGUUGCAGACAGAAUAAGACAGGCACACAGUUGGCGCACUGUGCAGCAGCAGAUGUGAAAUGACCUGACCUGAAAGUCCUGAAUGAACUCAGCUUUGGGUGAAUGUGGGAUAAAUUGCCUCUUCCUGCUUACUCAGAAGCAGGAACUACUACACGAGGCUAUCGUGGCAUUUUGCCCUCCACCAGUGCCAAAAUAAGUAACGGACAGAGUCUACACUCAAAUUCAGGCUCCCACAUAUUCUGUCACUUGUUGACAGAAAGCUGGAAGUAGAUGGCUCAUAGUGGUGCGCUGACUACGAGCCAUCAGCAGUAAUGUCAUUAUGAGUCCUGAGUGAUGACGGAUGCUUUUUUAAAUUAUUUAUUACUUUUUCUUUUUGUACAAUAAAAUGAAGGUGGACAGCAAGGAUAUUAUUGGGCUUUAUGCUAAAUAUGUACAUAACUAAACAUUAAUUAUGCACAGCAUUGUGCAAAAGCCUUGAACUAUCCCUUGUUUCUUUAUAUUUUGCUUCCAAGGGCCUGACCAUUUUCAGAGAAUAAUUGUUUUUUAAGGUACUUGGUGUUUUCCUGACAGGCUGCUAUUAACGUACUUUCUUCCCAUGCCUCCAGUUGAGUUUAUUAGAAAUGCCAAAGAUAACACAAUUCGACAGGCGUAAGAUGGGAUUGUUACACCAGCAAGGUGAUUCCAAAAUAUAUCUCAGCAGUUUAUCUUUGAGGAAAGAAAAAUGAUUUUUCUAUCUACAGCCGAUAAACAGUAUCUGAACGCCAUAUUCUUAAGAAACAAAAACAAACAAAAAAACUGGCACAGGACAAGCAAGGUGUAGCUGGACCUUCAGUUGAUCCAUCUACUGGUCACUGAAGCCUCAUCAGAAAUGGUAUCAGUGGAAGGAUGGGCAUCACAUCUUCAAACAUCUUUUUAAAAAACAAAACCCACAGGAAAGAUAACAUAUUUUUUUAAAAGAUCAACUUUUGCAUAUAAAUACUUGAAAAAUAAAUUUCAACUACAUUUAAAAAACAAAAAAACAACACAGCUAAAAGCCUGUUAAAGGCUGUAUUUUCGUAUGUGAUUUAACCCUGUUUUUAAAAAUUAGUCUUAGCCUAAGCCUAGUUUUAGACUAAAUACUUUUUAAUUGUAAGUCUUUGUAUUAGUUGAGGAUUUGUUUUAAUCCAAGGGUGAUAAAGUGUUGUGAAAGCUGUAGAUUUAGUGAUUACUUACAAGGGGAAAAAAUAGCUACUAAAUCUUUUCUUCUGUUUUAUAAAAUGUGGCCCACUUCACAAAAAACUCCUGUUGUAAUAAAUAUGACUCCCACAGUCAACACCAGACAGACUGAAAGUCGAACUGAGCCACCCUGCUGUGCAGUUAUUGAAAGAAAGCACAGAAACGACGCCCUCGUCUGUUAAAAACCAGAACAGCCAGGCCUCUGUGGGUUUGGCCUUACAGCUGUUUUGUCCCAGCAGGGCCUCAAGUACAGCUCUGCUCUCCAAGUUUGACUGCUCGACGAAUAUGGCUUCAAUAACGCCGAGGCCACAGAUCGGUAUCUUCUGUUUACUCCUGUGUCUCGUUGCCGCUCUGCUGCUUGUAUAACUCUAUAUUUUGUGUUUAUGGUGCCCUGUUGCCCCGAGAGCUGCGUUUUAAUUUAACUGGCAGGAAUAAAUAGGAAUGACUUCAAUCUAAAGUCUCGUCCAGACCUGUCAUGUGAGCUCAGACCAUAAGGUGCUUGUGUGAAUGAAUUACUUUUUUAACAGGCUCUCUUACUUUUUGGUCAGCACGGGGAGGGUGAGCGAGCGUUUCCAGAGCCAGAACCAUUAAUCAUGGCAUAUUUUGCUGCAUGGAGGCAAAAAUAGCAGAAUAUAUGAAUGUAGGGGUGUGCUGCACUCACUCUUUUUCUAUAGGUCAAAGGCAGGGUGUGUGUGUGUGCGCGCGUGUGUGUCAGUGGGUGCGUGUGGGCAGGGGUCGACAUCCACAACAGACGUCCUUCUCAAGGACAGAGGGACUCAAUGUGAGACGGAGCAAGGCGCUCUACCGUGGGAUAAGUACAGGUUGGAUUUAGCAAGGGGUAGUUAAGUGGAAAAGACUAACAGAUGCUGGGGCUAGUUUACUCAGGGGGGAGGGAGGCUCACCACAGCUCGAGGACUGACACCCCAACACACACACAC